AUGAAAAUGCCUCGAAUAUUUGGCAUGAUUGCAUCUCCAGUUAUAGGGAAAGGAGCUUCGAAUCAAGCAAAUUUACCCAAAAGCAUUAAUAGUCUUGAAUAUAUACUCGAUGCUAAGGUGUAUUCAGUUGAAGAUAAGUUAGAUCUGAAAAGAUUUGUAGCAUCACCUGUUGUAAAAGUAUAUCCAUAUGGUCCUGUUGUAAAUGGCGGUUCUAGCUCCUACAUGAUUUAUGUUAAAAAACUUUCAGAGAUAAAAGGCGAGUGCCUAUCAACACUUAGCAGGGAGAGACAUGAUGUUCAAAGUCUUCGGAAUAUAAAAAAGCAGAUCAGCAGAUUGCAUGAUAACUUCAUGUAUUGUUUGGAAAAUCUCGGAGUUUGGGGAGCACGGCUAGCUAGUGACAGUCUAUUGAGUGGUGAUCCAUCUGUGAGGAAUGAAUUAAUAGAAGCAGAAGGAAAUUCCAUGGACGACUCUUUAUAUAGUUUUUUAUCCAAGGCUGCUGACGUCUUUGCUUCUGCUUGCACAGGAGAUGGCAUUGCCUCUGAACUGUCUUGUAUAGAGAUUUUAAAGGAGCCGUUUUUCUCAGAAAAGCUUUUGCGUCUUAUUGGAAUUCUCUCCUCCUUCAGGCAACAACCAAAUAUGAAAUGUAUAGUUUUUGUAAAUAGGAUUAUUACAGCAAGAACCUUGUCAUAUAUACUGCAAAAGCUUAAGUUUUUAGCUUAUUGGAAGUGCCAUUUUCUUGUUGGAGUCCAUGCUGGAUUGAAGAGUAUGUCACGGAAAACCAUGAAGAGCAUUCUUGAGAAGUUUCGUUGUGGUGAGUUGAAUCUUUUAAUUGCAACUAAAGUUGGUGAAGAAGGACUUGAUAUUCAGACAUGCUGCCUCGUCAUACGGUUUGAUCUUCCAGAAACUGUUUCUAGCUUUAUACAAUCCAGAGGUCGUGCUCGAAUGCCUCAAUCCGAAUAUGCAUUUUUGGUGGACAGUGGAAACCAGAGGGAGGUAGAAUUGAUAAAAGAUUUUGAAAAGGAUGAAAAUCGGAUGAAUAUGGAAAUUUCAGGCAGAACAUCUAUUGAGAGUUUCAGUUUUUCUGAGGAAAGACAAUAUAUAGUUGAAUCAUCUGGCGCUUCUGCUAGUGCUGGAUAUAGCAUCUCUUUACUUCACCAAUAUUGUUCAAAACUCCCACACGAUGAGUUUUAUAAUCCCAAGCCAAAAUUUUAUUAUUUUGAUGAUUUAGGGGGAACUGUUUGUCACAUAAUUUUACCUUCUAAUGCUCCAACACACCGAAUCGUUGGUACACCCCAAUCUUCAAUUGAAGCUGCUAAGAAAGAUGCUUGUCUGAAAGCGAUAGAAGAAUUGCAUAAGUUGGGUGCUUUAAAUGAUUAUCUUUUGCCAGAUGGAGGCAAUGACAAUGAGGAGGAUGGAGAGCUGGACUCUUCUGAUUCUGAUGGCUGCGAAGGUGAGAAUGAGAUUCCAAGAGGAGGAAGGCAUGAGAUGUUAGUUCCUCCCAUACUUAAAGAAUCCUGGGCCAAGUCAGAGAAUCCUGUCUAUCUUAAUUCAUACUAUUUUCAAUUUAUUCCGGAUCCCAAGGAUAGAAUCUAUAAAGAUUUUGGACUUUUUGUCAAGUCACCUCUUCCUCAAGAGGCCGAGAAAAUGGAACUUGAUCUUCACCUUGCUCGUGGUAGAACUGUGAAGACAGAGUUUGUCCCAUCAGGAGUUGCAGAAUUUACUAAAGAUGAGAUUAUUCAGGCGCAGCAUUUCCAAGAAAUGUUCUUGAAGGUCAUCCUUGACCGAUCAAAAUUCAUUUCUGAUUAUGUUUCCUUAGGAGAGGAAGAUUAUGAAUCAAACUCAUCAACCUUCUACCUGUUGCUUCCAGUCAUUUUUCAUGAAAAUGCAAGCACAGUUACUGUAGACUGGAAGAUUGUCAGAACGUGUUUAUCAUCUCCAGUGUUCAGGGAACCACCCAGUUGUAAAGGCACAAUUUUUUUUCCUUCUGAUGAACACUUGCAACUUGAUAAUGGUUGCUGGAGUAUAAGUGAUGUUGAGAAUAGUUUAAUAUAUGCCCGACACAAGGAUUCGUUCUACUUUGUCUCUAACGUUGUUUGGGAAAAGAAUGGUUACAGUCCAUAUAAGGAUUCAGGCCCUACAAACCAUGUGGAGCACUUGAUUAAACGGUAUGAUAUUAAUCUUAAAUAUCCUGGACAACCUCUUCUGCAUGCAAAACCACUUUUUCGUUUGCACAAUUUGCUACACAACCGAAAGCCAGAGGACACAGAAUCACAUGAACUGGACGAAUACUUCUAUGAUAUGCCUCCUGAGCUUUGUCAACUGAAGAUAAGAGGGUUCUCUAAAGAUAUUGGGAGUUCAGUAUCUUUGUUGCCAUCAAUCAUGCAUCGGCUGGAAAACUUGCUUGUAGCCAUUGAACUGAAGCAAGUAUUAUCUGCCUCAUUUUCUGAGGGAGCUGAAAUUAGUGCCGACAGGGUUCUAGAAGCCCUAACCACAGAGAAAUGCCAGGAGCGCUUUUCACUUGAAAGGCUUGAAAUACUUGGCGAUGUCUUCCUUAAAUUUGCUGUUGCACGGCAUCUUUUUCUCUUGCAUGACACCCUUGAUGAAGGAGAGCUUACUCGGAGGCGCUCUAAUGCUGUAAAUAAUUCCAAUUUGCUCAAGCUGGCAACGAAAAGUAAUUUACAGGUAUAUAUACGUGAUCAACCAUUUGAUCCGUGCCAAUUCUUUGCUUUGGGCCAUCGUUGCACUAAAAUUUGUAGCAAGGAAACAGAGAAAAAAAUUCAUUCUAAAAAAAAAGGUCAUGCAGCAGAUGAUGCAAAUUCUGGUGAAAUCAGAUGUAGUAAAGGUCACCACUGGUUACAUAAGAAAACAAUUGCUGACGUUGUUGAAGCCCUUGUUGGAGCAUUCAUAGUUGAUAGUGGCUUCAAAGCUGCAACUGCAUUUCUUAGAUGGAUUGGCAUACAAGUGAAGUUUGAAAGUUCACAAGUUACUAAUGCUUGCUUGGCAAGCCGAAGCUACUUGUCGCUGACGUCUUCUUUGGAAUGGCUGCCCUUGAAAUUCUUAGGAUAUCAGUUUCUCCAUAAAGGCUUGCUUUUACAGGCAUUUUUGCAUCCUUCUUACACCCAACAUGGUGGAGGCUGCUUCCAGAGAUUGGAGUUCCUUGGAGAUGCAGUCUUGGAUUACUUAAUUACUUCAUAUCUUUUUUCGACCUACCCAAGUUGAAGCCUGGAUUUGACAGAUUUGAGUUCAGUGUUAGUGAACAAAGCCUUUGCAAAUGUUGCCGUGGAUCGGUCCUUGCACAACUUUCUUAUGUUUGAUUCAAAUGGCCUCUCCGAGGCUAUAAACAAUUAUGUGAAGUUUAUAAAAACUUCUUCAUCACGAGAGAAUUUAAUUGAAGGGCACAAAUGUCCAAAGGCUCUUGGUGACUUGGUAGAAUCUUGUAUGGGUGCCAUCCUGCUUGACUCUGGGUUUAAUUUGAGCACAGUGUGGAAAAUAAUGCUAUCCUUUUUGGAACCAGUCAUGAGCUUUUCCGGCUGCACUAAAUCCUAUAGGGAACUACAGGAAGUUUGCCAAUAUUAUGACUUGCAUUGCAGUUUCCAGCCAGAAAAAAGGGACAACAUUUUUAGUUGUGAUGUGUCUGAUAUUUCUUCACCCUCCAUUACUCCUGUUAAUAGAUGGUCCUCGCUUGCUUUUAAAGAAGUCAGACGACAGCCAAGUGAGACCAUUUCAGAUCCUAGUGGUGACACUGACUCGGAGGCUUCAGGUGGAUCAGCCAACAAAUCAGCAAGAUCACAUUUGUACGAAAUCUGUGCUGCUAACUGUUGGAAACCCCCUCUUUUUGAAUGUUGCGAAGAGGAAGGACCAAGCCACUUGAAAUCGUUUACUUUCAAGGUUAUAGUGGAAAUAGAAGGAGCUCCGAAUAUCGUUUUGGAGUGCUUCGGGGCACCUAAGACAAAGAAGAAAGCCGCUGCGGAGCACGCAGCCGAAGGUGCAAUUUGGUACUUGGAACAGGAAGGCUACUUGAUCUAGAAUUGUUGACAUAGAUGUAACAAUUUUCCCCAUUAGAUUAGAGGAAUUACUUACCAGGGGACCUAAUUAUAUGGAAGUGCUAGUUUAUGUCUAUGCUAAGUGAAGAUGAAUGCUGUAACUCCUAAGAAAGUCUUGGCCAUUGGCCAUCGGCCAUUAUAAUGUAUAUAUAAACCAGUAUGCAUUUUAUCUUAAUAAGAAAGUAUAUAUAUAAAUAUAGUUGCAACUGAAAGUGUAUGAUGUCCAUAACGAUCAAUCGAGAA